AUGAUGUCAGCUACUGCUAUUGUCGAUAAACCCACUUUCAAAACCUUGCUUUUUAGUCCUUCUAAGCUUAAUCAACCAAAACCCAUUUCGUUCCUUGAGCUUCCUGCUUCAAAAUCUGAUUUUUUUGGUUCAAAGAAUAAAGCAUUGUCAAAGAACAUGACUGAAUUGGUCAGAAUAUCUGCUUUUAGGGAUAGUAAUAAUGGUAGUAAUAGUGAAGAAACUACAGGGUUGUUUCAGCAAGAAGCUGUUAUUGAUGGGCUUAAUGAGUUUGAAAAUGAGCUCUUGGCUGAUGGACUUGAAGCCACUCUCAAUCGCCUGAGCAAAUGGCUUGUAACUGCUGUUUUCGGUGCUGUCAUUCUUUGGAGGCACGAUGCAGAAGCCAUGUGGGCUGCUCUGGGGUCAGUUGUAAAUUCAAUCCUCUCUGUAAUCCUUAAACGAAUAUUCAACCAAGAGAGACCCGGUUCCACAUUGAGGUCUGACCCUGGGAUGCCAUCUUCACAUGGACAAUCCAUCUUCUUCACUGUGGUGUUCGUUAUUCUGUCAGGUCAACAAUUGCAAAAUUUAAGUGAAGAAGCUUCGUGA